UAUCGAUCACAUCCUUACUCUUCUGGCAUCUUCCAAAUGGAGCCCAAAAAUAUCGAAGAAAUGGGUGAAGGAUUUACAUAUAAGGAAACGUUAUAUGUGGGUCGUACUUACCUGUCCAAAGAUGGCGUUGAUCGUUUACUGAUUAGUCUGACCGAUGAAUUUCGUGGCGAUGCUUACCAUUUGUUGCAUUUCAACUGCAAUCAUUUCACGGCUAACUUCAUUCAACUCCUGUGCAAUGGCGUACUUCCCAAAUGGAUCAAUUUGCUAGCCAAAUUCGCUGCCGGUGUUCCCUUCAUUGAAUCUAUGCUUCCGGCCCACUGGGUUAGGCCUGCACUGCUGUACGAGUCCGAUUUCGAAGGUUUGAUGAAAUCCUGUGAAACCGAAAGUUCGGAAUUUUUCGACAAAGAUUCAACACAUUCCACAAAUUCAAACUUAUCUAAUGUCGGAUCAGCUUCGCAUUCUAUGUCUCACACUGUUCCGUCUUUGAACCUUUUGUGGCAAUGUUUCACUCUCAAAGACAUGGACACGAUUGUGUGUUUUAUCAGCGACCCACAAAGCCCCGUGGAAUCACAAAGCAUAGUAACAAUUCGUAUGGUUGAACGUUGA